CACAUCACACCUGGCGACAUACCAGAGUCAGUCACAUGGUUGAGACUUUAUAAAAUGGAACAACCACUUAUUCCAGGACUCUUGCCCAGUAGUCUUACAGAGUUGAGCUUUACAGAGUUCAAUCAACCUUUGACACAUGGAUGCUUGCCUACAUCACUAACCAGUCUGGCUUUGGGAACGUACUUUAAUCAACCAAUCUCACCAGGUAUACUUCCAAGCUCAUUGAAGUCACUUUGGUUUGGCAGACAUUUCGUUCAAUCAUUGACAACAAGAUGCAUCCCAGAUUCUGUGACCAAUCUCACGCUUCACAACAGAGAUAAAGCUACUAUUGAGAUCGGCACCAUUCCUCACUCAGUAAGAUCACUAAGAAUCACAUCGCUUCUUACAUUCAAAGGUCUGAUACCACUUGGUGUUAAUGCUCUAUGGUUGGGACAGUCAUUAUCAAAGAAACCUCAAUCACUGGUCAUUGGUAGUGGAUGUCUACCAAACUCAAUCACAAGUCUAACACUUGGACCAAACUUCAAUCAACCUUUGGAAAAAGGUGUCAUCCCUGACUCUGUGCGACACCUCUCAUUCGGUGAUGAUUAUAAUCAGUUGUUACCAACAGGUGUUAUCCCUCAGUUUGUUGAACACAUUACAUUUGGUUAUCUAUUCAAUCAAUCACUCGUUGGAACAUUACAAUCUUUAGCAUGUUUGAUCACACUGACUUUUGGAGACAUGUUCAAUCAAACAUUUGACCAACACAUUCUCCCCUCUUCAUUACAGUCAUUGGUGCUUGGAUUGGAGUAUUGCCAAUCAUUGUCAGACCUACCACUCACUCUCUCCAGACUAUCACUUUGUUCUAACAAAGAUGUAAAUAGUACAUAUCAGAGCCUCUCUAGUGAGCUACUCAAUCAACGCCCAUAUAUUGAGUUCAAGGGUACAUUGUUCCCUCAAGUCUUAAUGGAUGGGUAUCUGGUUGACUCAAUCAUUGAGCAUCGAAUCAAUUGUGAUCUAUCACUCCCUGAUCACAUCCAGAGUAUACGCUUCAUUGAUGACAAUGGCACAAUAUUCUCAAUGACUAACAAAUGUAAAGGUGGCUUCAUCACAGGCUCCAGGCUCAAGCAACUACUUUGUCAAUAUGAGUUGAGC